CGCUCCGUUUGACAGAAACAUCUUCAUUGUUCUGAACUGAUCCACAUUAUUUAAAGCACAUGUGACUGAGCUAUUAUUUAUUUUAAGGUAUUGAAGAGACAGUGAUGAUUGUCACAGCAGCCAGUGGAUUUGUCGUCCUCCUCUCUGUGGCAGUGGUUCAGACUCAGGAUGACUGGAGUGUAACUUAUAGACCUACGAGCAUCUGUGCACCAGAAGGAUCCACAGUGGAAAUGCCCUGCAGAUACACAUACCCAGCCACAUGGAAUUCUGUUUCUAUCAGUGUUGAACGAAGAUACUGGUUUGUGAAAAAGAAUAAAAAUAACCAACCUGUGGAUCUGCGUUCAGACCCUGAGUACUCAGGUCGGGUGAAGUAUCUCUUUGAUCAGAACGUCUGCACUCUGCAGAUCAAGAACCUGAGAAAGACCGACUCAGCUGAAUACAAGUUUCGAUUCAUAUCAAACCAUGGAGCUGUAAGCUUUACAGUUCUUCAUGCAGUCACUUUGACUGUCACAGAUCUUCAGGUCAAAGUCGUCUCAUCAACCAGCAACUCGUCUCACACUUAUGUGUUUCUACGAUGUCACAGUGAAUGUGAUCCACCUUAUUCUUCCUUUGUCUGGUUCAAUAACGGACAGAAAAUUCACACUGGAACUUAUUAUUAUGGACGGAUUAAUCCUGGAGAUGAAAUCUGGUGCACUUUGGAAGGAUUUGAGGAUUACCGCUCUGCUUCAGUGUAUGCUCCAAAGAGUUCCUUAGUGUCUGUGAGACCAUCUGGUGACGUCAUAGAGGGACGUUUAGUGACUCUGACCUGUGACAGUGAUGCGAAACCAGCAGCUACUUACACCUGGUACAAGAACCAAAACCAGCUUCAGGGAGCAGAAAGAACAUAUCGUUUUUCCUCCAUCAAGUCUGGUGACAUCGGCUCGUACACCUGCAGAGCUCAGAAUCAGUUUGGAGAGAAGAAAUCUGCUCCUGUGUUUCUGAAUGUUCAGUAUGCUCCAAAGAGUUCCUCAGUGUCUGUGAGUCCACCUGGUGACAUCACAGAGGGACGUUCAGGUGAAUCUGGACCUGUGUCAGUGACGCAAACCCAGCAGCUACUUACACCUGGUACAAGAAGAAACGAAAAUGUUUCUAAACAGCAUCAGGACCCGUCUGGACCAUCACCUGAGAUCAGACCUGAACACAGUGGGGAUUAUUACUGUGAAGCCCAAAACAUCUUUGGAAGCCAACCUCCACCGUGA